AUGUCUCGUGUCGAAACCAAAGGGUCCCUGUCCCCCUCGGAGCAGGAGCACGCCCUCGCCAUCACCGUCCACCUCUCCUCCGCUGACGAUGGCUCCAAGCGCCGAUUCGGCUUUGGCGUCCUCGCCGAGGACCUUCGGCAGCACUGGCGUGUCUAUCUGCUGGGCAUCUGUGCCUCGUUCGGUGGUCUCCUUUUCGGCUGGGAUACAGGUUUGAUUGGUGGAGUCCUCAACAUGCCCGCCUUCCAGCGCGACUUUGGUCUCGCCAAUGACCCCUCCAAGCUCGCCGCCUUGAAGGGCAACAUUGUUUCGGUCUUGCAGGCCGGCUGCUUUUUUGGCGCUGCGUCCAGUUUCUACCUGCCCCACCGCUUCGGUCGUCGCAACGCGAUGUUUAUCAGCGCCGGUGUGUUCCUCGUCGGUUCGGUGAUUCAGACCGUUUGCCGCCUUGGAAGCCAGAGCGCCGCCUCGGCCCUCUACCAGCUUUACGUCGGACGCGUGAUCGGCGGUAUCGGUGUAGGCCUCGCCUCGUCGGUCGUGCCCAUGUACUUGUCGGAGUGCGCGCCUCGAUCCAUCCGCGGUCGCCUUGCAGGCAUGUAUCAGCUCCUGAUCGUCACAGGUAUCUGCUUGGCCUAUUUCGUCAACUACGGUAUGGUUCAAAGCUACCCCGACAAGAACUCUAAGGCCAUGUGGCAAGUGCCCUUCGCUCUUCAGUGCCUCCCCGGAUUCCUUUUCGUUGUCACCCUCUGCCUCCAACCCGAAUCACCUCGAUGGCUUGUCGAGCGCGGUCGCCACGAAGAGGCGCAGAGGUCCCUCGCCCGCAUCAACCGCGCCCCGCUCGACGAUCCGAGCGUCGUUGGAAUCCUGCGCGAAAUUCAAGCAGAUCUGCAAGGAAAAGCCGGUCUAAGCAUUCGCCAACAGUUCCGUAUGGCCUUCUCCGACCGUAUCACAACCUACCGAGUCUUCAUCGGCGCCCUCCUGAUGUUCUUCCAGCAACUGACCGGCACGAAUUCGAUCAACUACUACUCCCCUCAGAUCUUUAAGUCGCUCGGCAUCACGGGGCAGUCUGGCGGCUUGCUGGCGACAGGAGUGUACGGUAUCGUCAAAAUCAUCACGACGGCGCUUUUCAUGGCGGUUGCGAUCGAGCAGCUGGGCCGCAAGUGGUGUCUGAUCAUUGGCGGCAUUGUGCAGGUGUUCUGCCUUCUGUGGGUUGCGAUCUACCAAGCGGUUCGACCCAGCGGUCUCCCCGUCGAUGGCGUAGCCUACCUGACCAUUGCCAUGAUCUACCUCUUCGUGGUCGGUUACGGUCUUGGUUGGUCUUCGGUGACUUGGGCCGUGUCCGCGGAAGUGGCGCCCAACCAGCUCCGCGCGCUCGCCAUGAGCGCAGCCACCAUGAACCAGUGGUUCUGGAACUUCGUCAUCGCCCUCAUCACCCCUCGUGCGCUCGAACACAUCAAAUUCGGCACCUUCAUCCUCUUCGGUGUCGUCACCUCGUUUGCCGUCCUAUGGGCCGCCUUCCUCCUCCCUGAAUCCAGCGGCAUCACGCUCGAACUCAUGCACCGCAUCUUCGAAGGCAACCUUGUCAAGCGCAGCGUCGACGAUCUCAGCCCCAAGAAGAGGAGGGCGUUCCGCGAGCAGCUCAUGCGCGAGGUCGGUGGCACCGCAGACGGCGGCGCCGUGCAGGAGCUCGAAAGGACCAAGUCUACGAGCAAGGACGACGAUGUCGUUAUCAAGACUGCCACCAGCAGCGACGGCGGCAGGUAG